AUGUGUGCUCGGUUGCAGACGUCCGGACCCGGCGACUACACACGUCGGAAUGCGACUCUGGAUUCAGCCUGCCCGUGGCUGGACUGCACUCGUCUGCGAGGGAUCGACCUUGGUUCUGUGGCGGUGGAGCAAAAACGAGUUGGCUGUCCUGGCGACGAAGCCAUCACUGGUCCCCGGCUUGCGGACGUUACCCUCAUCACCGGCACUGGCCACAUCCUUUGCGAUGUGUCGACUUUUUUUCCUCGUCCACUUGUGCCCCCUUCAUGCGUUGAGCUGUGUUCCAAACUCUUCAUGGACUCUCUCACCCUGAGCUUCGAGCCUCACCAAAGCUCCUCGCGGAAAGGUUCGUCUGGUCUGGCAUGCAUAAGGACGUCAAAGCUUGGGCCCGCUCCCGCCCGAGUUGUCAAUGGAGCAACACGGCACAACAUGGGACCCAUUGGCAAUUUCCCGGCCCUAGUAUACAGUUCAGUCACAUCCACCUGGACAUCGUAG